ACUUGAUAGGUAGGUAGAUACCAAAACUCAACCUGGUCUGGUAGCCACUUUACCAGUUCAACGUCACAAAAGCUUUGGACUAUAAAAUGAUUCAGAGCCUGUUCCGGCGAAUCCCCUGACUAAGACAUCCUACCUCUAGGCCUUGGAAACUCCGAAAUGAAUUAAAUAUAGACUGGACCCACAAGCCCUCAAGUCUUCAACCCCAUGAUUCCCACCGUUGUUGUUUUCUACUAGUCCUAGUCCUUUCCGUUCUCUUUCUCUCCUAUUAAUAGCUUCAACAACAUCAUCAAUCUCUUCAAUUUCGGAAUCCUCGUUUAGAUCUCUCUUUGGCUGUUUGUUUUAGUUUUUAGGUGGGACAAGCUUUCUGUAAUGGCGGAGACAUGGGUGAGAAUGGUGACUGCGCAGACACCCACUAAUAUAGCGGUGAUAAAGUACUGGGGGAAGAGGGAUGAGACCCUGAUUUUGCCUGUUAACGAUAGCAUAAGUGUUACUCUAGAUCCUGCACAUCUUUGUACCACCACUACUGUGGCUGUUAGUCCUAGUUUUGUUCAGGAUCGGAUGUGGCUUAAUGGGAAGGAGAUUUCCCUUUCUGGAGGCAGGUACCAAAAUUGUUUAAGGGAAAUUCGUGCUCGAGCCUGUGAUGUUGAGGAUAAAGAAAGGGGUAUCAAUAUUUCAAAGAAGGAUUGGGAGAAAUUACAUGUACAUAUAGCAUCAUAUAACAAUUUCCCUACUGCUGCUGGACUGGCUUCUUCAGCAGCUGGUUUUGCUUGUCUGGUUUUUGCCCUUGCAAAGCUGAUGAAUGCUAAAGAAGACAAUAGUAAGCUUUCUGCUAUUGCAAGGCAAGGUUCAGGCAGUGCUUGUCGUAGUUUGUUUGGUGGAUUUGUAAAGUGGAACAUGGGAAAGUUUGAGGAUGGAAGUGACAGCCUUGCUGUUGAAGUUGUAGAUGAGAAGCACUGGGAUGAUCUUGUUAUUAUUAUUGCUGUGGUAAGUUCACGGCAGAAAGAAACUAGUAGCACUACAGGAAUGCGUGAGACUGUUGAAACCAGCUUGCUUUUGCAACAUAGAGCUAAGGAGAUCGUACCAAAACGCAUUAUACAAAUGGAAGAGGCCAUAAAAAAUCGUGAUUUUGCAUCUUUUGCACACUUAACCUGUGCUGAUAGUAAUCAGUUCCAUGCUGUCUGCUUGGAUACAUGUCCUCCAAUUUUCUACAUGAAUGAUACAUCACACAGGAUAAUCAGCUGUGCUGAAAAAUGGAAUCGUUCUGAAGGAACACCUCAGGUGGCUUAUACAUUUGAUGCUGGGCCUAAUGCAGUUCUAAUUGCACGUAAUAGGCAGGCUGCUGCCCGGUUACUGCAGAAGCUGCUUUUCUAUUUCCCUCCUAAUUCUGAUACUGAUUUAAACAGUUAUGUUCUUGGUGAUAAGUCAAUACUGAAAGAUGCUGGGAUUGAAGAUUUGAAGGAUGUGGAAGCAUUCCCACCACCUUCAGAAAUUAAGGAUGCCCCAAGAUACAAAGGGGAUGUUAGUUAUUUCAUCUGCACAAGACCAGGUCGAGGUCCAGUUUUGCUCUCUGAUGAAAGUCAGGCUCUUCUCAGUCCUGAAACUGGGCUGCCUAAAUAAAAGGGCAAUCGUUGCCUUCUUUCUAGCUCUUUGUAAGCCUGAUGAUUGUUUUUUGUAAUUGAAGUUACAUUGAAGUAAUUCUGUCACUUUUCCUCACAAAUAUGCAGUGAUGCUGCUUUUGAUUUGCAUUUGUAUUCUUUUUUUUUUUCCCUCGCUUCAGGGUACAUUUAGUGUUUAUUUACUCUCAAUUAACAGUUCAAGUUUCAUUCA